AUGGCUGAAGAAAAUGAUAAGAGACUUAAGGAAUUUCAAGAAGCUAAUAAGAUAGUUUUCGAUCCAAAUACAAGACAAGUCUGGGAUACGCCAAAUGGUGAUAGUAAUUCCAAUACUACUGCUUUGAAGAGUGAAAAUUCUAUCGCUAAGACGAAUGAAAUUAUUGAACCAGAUGGUUCUACUACUUCUGGGAUUGUGCCUACUCUACAAAACAUUGUUGCCACUGUUAACUUGGGUUGUCGUUUGGAUUUAAAGACUGUUGCACUGCAUGCACGUAAUGCAGAAUACAAUCCAAAACGUUUUGCAGCUGUUAUUAUGCGUAUUAGAGAGCCUAAAACAACAGCAUUGAUUUUUGCCUCUGGUAAAAUGGUUGUUACUGGUGCAAAAUCAGAAGAUGAUUCCAAAUUGGCAAGUAGAAAAUAUGCUAGAAUCAUUCAAAAGAUUGGGUUUGCUGCUAAAUUCACUGAUUUUAAAAUCCAAAAUAUUGUUGGUUCUUGUGAUGUGAAAUUCCCUAUUCGUUUAGAAGGUUUAGCCUUUAGCCAUGGUACUUUCUCGUCAUAUGAACCUGAAUUAUUCCCUGGUUUAAUUUAUAGAAUGGUGAAACCAAAAAUUGUUUUACUGAUAUUCGUUUCUGGUAAAAUUGUUUUGACCGGUGCUAAGCAAAGAGAAGAAAUUUAUCAAGCCUUUGAAGCUAUCUAUCCCGUUUUAAGUGAAUUCAGAAAGAUGUAG